ACUCUCUCGUGACGUUGUUUACGUUCGUGAGUUACGCUCCGCCGCCUGAAAUGGCCUCUUUAUUUUAACCCGCCGUUCUUACCCAUUUCCCCGGGUAUCAGACUUCCCCGCUGAAGUCUUAACCCUCCCGCUCAGAAAAAGAGAAGGGGAGAGUUUUAUUCUUGUAGAGAAGGGGAAAAAAAAGGUUUUCCAAAAUGCCGCCCGUGGAAGGACCUCCUGUCGAGGAGAAGAAGAUCGUGGUCGGCUUCAUUUACCCGCCGCCGGAAGUGAGAAACAUCGUUGAUAAGACUGCAAACUUCGUGGCACGUAAUGGCCCGGAGUUUGAGGCUCGUAUCCGGCAGCAUGAACAGAACAACCCCAAAUUCAAUUUCCUCAAUCCUGGCGAUCCCUAUCAUGCCUACUACCAGCACAAGGUCAACGAGUGUCGCACUGGCAAGACAGGGGAUAAAGAACCUUCCGCCAUCCCUGGUCUCCGUCCCCCUCAGCAGUCGGUGUCCCAAGCCCAGCAGCAGAAGCAACAGGAGUUGUUGCGAUCGGCUGUGUUGGAAGCCACAGCACCCAAGGAACCACCCCCGGACUACGAGUUCAUCGCAGACCCUCCGUCCAUUUCGGCGUUUGAUUUGGAUGUGGUGCGGCUGACUGCUCAGUUCGUGGCUCGAAAUGGUCGCCAGUUUUUGACAACGCUGAUGAACCGUGAGCAGAGGAACAACCAGUUUGAUUUCCUUCGCCCGCAACACUCUCUCUUUCAGUACUUCACCAGGCUGCUAGAGCAAUACACAAAGGUUCUCAUCCCACCCAAAGACCUGAUGAAACGUCUGACAGAGGAGGCCCAGAGCUAUAAAGCUGUUAUGAAGCAGGUUAACCAACGAGUGGAUUGGGAACGUCACCAGGCAGCUGUAAGGAAACGCGAGGAGGAAGAUGCAGAACGGGAGAGGCUAGAGUAUGCUGCUAUUGACUGGCAUGACUUCUCUGUUGUGGAGACCAUUGACUACCAGCCAUGGGAAGUUGGCAGCUUCCCCCCACCCACAACAGCUGCAGAGGUGGGGCGGCGAGUUCUCUUACAGGAGCGUCUGGAGGAGGGCGUCAAUCCAGACACAGACAUGGUUCUGGGCAGUGACGAUGAGGAUGAACCUGAGGAAGAGCAAGGAGCCCCUGGUGAUCAUGAUGAUACUCAGGUGCAAGACAUGGACGAGGAGAGCAGUGAAGAGGAGGAAUCGGAUGAUGACACGCCUCCACCACAGCAGCAGACUCAUCAAGAGGUCAAGAUGCCUCAGCCUCCUCUACCUAGAGAACCACCCCAGCCAGCUCCUGCACCACCUGUUCCUGGGCAGGUGGUGGUUAGGGACUACAAUCCAAGGCAGCAACAACGUAGUGCUGUGACCACUCCUUCUUCAGACCAGUACUUGGUGUCACCAAUCACUGGUGAGAGGAUUGCGCCUGACAAGGUGGGUCAGCAUUUGCGCAUUAACAUGUUGGACCCGCGUUGGCUGGAGGACCGUGACCGUCAGUUGGCCGAGCGUUCCAAUCAGGAUACAGUGUUUGCUACGGGAGAUUCUAUUCGCUCAUCUCUGAAAUUGCUGGCUGAGCGUCGUACUGAUAUUUUCGGUGCUGGUGACGAAGAAACAGGUAUUGGUAAGAAGAUAGGAGAGGAAGAAAAAAGGGAAGAGAAAGUGACAUGGGAUGGUCAUACUGGAUCUAUGGAAGCUGCCACAAGAGCGGCCAGAGCAAAUAUUUCUAUCAAUGAGCAAAUCCACCAGAUUCACAAGGUGAAAGGUCUACUUCCUGACCAAGAGAAAGAGAAGAUUGGUCCUCAGCCAAAAGUACCAUCAUCGGUUGGUUCAUCCCAAUCAUCACGUCCUGCUCCUCCCCCACCCAAGCCUCAGCCUGCUCCACCAAAGCCUCAGCCUCCACCUCCUCCUCCCAAGUCCAUUCCUCAACCAGCUCCAGCACCACCACCACCAAAGCCAGUUGUCACUCCAUCACAGUCAAUGAUGACUGUGAAUCUAGGAGGGCCAUUGCCUCCAAUGGCUCCCAUGAUGCCACCUGGUGGUGGUGUCAUGGUGGUGCCACGACCACCUGUCAUGAUGGCUCCUCGACCUGGAGGUUUCAUGCCAGGACCUGGCACUCCUGUGGCUGGAUUCAUGGGCCAACAAACCCAACCAGCACCUCCAUCUGGACCUCAGCCAGGCGUUGGAGCUCCUCCCAUGGGUGGUAUGGGUGGAGGACCUGAGAAGGAUGAGGAUGAGGGUCCUUCUGCCAAGCGAGCACGCACUGAAGAGAGCCUUGUGCCAGAGGGUGAAUGGGCACGUCGCUUCCCUGGCCCAGUUAAGUUCCAGCUGGCAGUACCUGUGGUUGCAGAUAAGCCAGAGUGGCGGCUUGAUGGUCAAACUCUUACCCUGAGCCUUCCUCUCACUGACCCAGUAUCUGUAGUGAAAGCUAAGCUGCAUGAUAUGAUUGGAUUGCCUCCUGGUAAGCAGAAGCUUGCAAGGGAUGGUUUGUUCUUCAAGGAUUCUCAGAGUUUGGCCUUCUACAAUGUGGGUCAUGGAACUGUAAUCCAGCUGCAGUUGAAAGAACGAGGUGGGCGUAAGAAGUAAUAUAACAAAGUUAAUGGAGUCCUAUGAUUCUGUGCACAGGUGUGUCUGUGGGAUUGUGUCUUUCUUUAUGUUCAGUAUUGGAUGACUGUGUAAAUGUACGAGUGUUCAGUUGUGAGCAGUUGAACGACUAUAUAUGUAUAAGUCAGUAUGAAUGUGUUAUUGUGCAUUGGUAUUUACUUGUAUGGGUUAAUUGUGAAUGAUGGUUGAUCACACUUUUGGAUAGAAAAGUUCACAGUGCUCACACUUUUUCAGUAGUUUAAGUUUAGUAUAAGUGAUUGCAGUUGUACAUCCUGUUUAUAUGGCACUGUUUCAUCUCCCAUUUUUUUUUUUUAUGUAAUCAUGGGAGCUUUGCUUGAUAAUACCACUACACACGAUUAAUGUGAAACCCAUACUGUGUUAGUUGUUAUAAUAUGCCCACACUAGGUUGACAUGUGGAAAAUGAAUGUCUGAUUUUCGAAAAUAAUAUUGUUUUGAAUGUUAAAAUUGCAAAUCAUUGGGAAAAAAAAUGUUUUGUGUCUUUGACAAAGUGAUGGCAUAUUUGCCAUUAAGAAAGUUGCUUAAAACUAAGCCUGUUUAGUAAAUCAUUUUGGGAUAGAAAUUACAUUAAAACUAAUACAUAAUGCUGCAUUUUUAUUAAGCGAGACUUGCAAUAAAUGCAAGAUAUAUAAAUUACAUAUUUGACAUUUAACUGUUAUGAUAUAUAUUGAGUACUUGAGUGAAAAAUGCUAAAUUGUUCAUAGUUUGUUUUUUUUGUAUCAUACUAGAUAAAAAUAAAAAUAUCUUACCAAA